CUCACUUGGGAUGCUUAUUUACAGGCUAGUGAUUUUAGCAUGAAAUAGCGCCAUUUCCCCUUGCUAUAACUGCACUAACCUGGAUUAAACCCUCGUCUCCUCGUUUACUCCGUCAUUUCCAUUAGGACUCCUGAAUUAGCACAGACACCUGAGAUGUAACAGCCCGGACGCAUGCUCGCCAGUUCGUCACCUAUCAUGAUAUUAACAAAACUCAAGUUAUUUAAUGGAAUGUAGGAUGAUAUAUAACUUUAUGGCCUGUGUAUGUGUUAUUACAACUAAUUUUGAGUCACAAACUAUACUAAGAUUAGUUAGUUAGUGCAAAGAUUAUAAAGAUAUACUUCCUGAUAAUAUCGAAUGGACUCAAGAUUCCAUUUCUAUUCUAUAUAUUAUUUUCUUUGACAUAGAUAUGGACACACCGGAAGCAGUUGCUGGCGCCGUAGUCUUCCACCGCUGGCCCCAAGACCUGGCCCAAACCGUCCUCAUAUCAGUCCUUCAAGACCACCUCCCCCACAGCAACCCACUCUACAACCGCAUCCUCGCUCCCCAAAACACCCUAUCCCGACACUGCCUCUUCGCCGCCACCUUCCUCCCUUCCACCUCUCCGAACCCCUCCUCCACCCCGACUAUCCUCUUCGCCGACCGCUCCCGCCACACCGAAGCCCAAAUCUGGCUCUUCAACCCCCUCACGGCCCUCCCCUCUCUAUCAGCUCCUCAGUCUCAAACCCUCAAUGCCCACGCCAAAGCCGCAAUCGCCUUCCUUCGCGACACCCCGGUCCCCGCCGCGCCAGGCUGGCCUUUCCUACCCCUCCUAAAAUUCGGAUGCAUUCCCGCCCACCUCGCCGACGCCAUCACAUCCGUUGCGCGCCCGUUCGAUGCCGUGAAGCAUGACACGAAUUGGACGCACUUCAACAUCCCAUUGGCAGUCCCCCACACCUCGCCGCUGCCGGGGGGAUUCAAGAUCGCCGCCGUCCCCAGGAAGCAGCUUGGGCUCGUCAUAGCAACGAGCGGGAUCCCGAGGGAGGCAGAGACGCUGCAGGGGUUGCCUGGGGUGGCUAUUUUGGAUGAGGGCGGGGAGAUGGUUGCUUGGGCGUUUGUGGAUGUUGAUGGCUCGUUGGCGACGCUGUUUGUGGUGGCGCAGCAGAGGGGGAAGGGGCUUGCGAAGGCGGUGGCGGGGGGUCUUUUGGGGAAGUUGGGUAGAGGGGAGUUUAGGGGGAUUAGUGGGGGAGGGAAUGGUGCUGUAAGUGGCGAUGAUGGGUUGCUGCCUUUUGGGCAGGGGAGUGGGUGGGUGCAUUCUGAAGUUAAGGAGGGGAAUAGUAGGAGCGAGAAGGUGGUUGAAGGGUUGGGCGGGAAAAGGUGUGGAAUGAGUAGGUAUGUGUUUAUUGCUUCCGACUUGAUUCCCUAGAUUAGGUAUUCUCUGUGAAUAGGUGGUGUAUGUAUAUACUUUCUAGAUAUAUAGCAGUAGAACUAGACGCUUCAAAAUAGAACCAUGGUCGUAGAUACUAUACACAGAUCCGAAGCUCAUAAUCCCUAAAUGAUAUGUAAAUAAGUAUCAGGUUCCCGCAAGCCGAUAAUAACAAUAUUCU